UCAUCGCUUGCAUUUGAGAAACGGCCUUAAUAACAAAAUGUCCUACGGGAAAGCAGAAUUCCGCCCUGUCCCAAGAGACUUCAGCUCUCUCAUUCAGACAUGCAGCUCAAACAUCCAGAAGAUCACACAGAACAAGGCAACAGAAGAUUCAGAGGGACCGGCUUAUGAAUGACUUCUCCGCAGCUCUCAACAACUUCCAAGCUGUCCAGCGGCAAGCAGCAGACAAAGAGAGGGAAUCGAUAGCAAGAGCGAGGGCUGGUUCCCGCCUAUCGACUGAAGACAAUUAUCGGGAUGAAAAGCUUGUCUCCUUUGAUAAUCAAGAGGACCUUGGUCCAAUUACCACCCAGACAGAAGAAGUGGCCAUUACAGAGGAGGAUCUGGAGCUUAUCAAGGAGAGAGAAACCAACAUUAGACAGCUUGAGUCUGACAUCAUGGAUGUAAACCAGAUCUUUAAGGACCUGGCAGUCAUGAUUCAUGACCAGGGAGAGAUGAUCGACAGUAUAGAGGCCAACGUGGAGAACGCUGAGGUCCAUGUAGAACGUGGAGCAGAACAGCUCCAGAGAGCCGUGUACUACCAACAAAAAUCCAGGAAGAAGAUGUGUAUUCUUGCCAUAAUUUGUUCCAUUGUAAUCAUCAUUCUUGCUGUUAUUAUCUGGUGGGCUUCCAAAUGAGCUGAUUUCUUCCAAUUAGUGUUCCAGUACUCUAUUUAACCCCGCAAGACCCCUUUCACCCUGACCUCACUGACCAGAACAAGAACAAGAAAAGCUGAUCACAGUAAGACUGUCUCCAAAGUUCAUCAAUAUUGAGGGCUUGACAAUUUGACCAUGUAGUCAUUAUGAAUGAUUAAGUCUGUUGAUUUUUAAAGUAGAUUUAAAAGCUACUUUAACUUUGUAGAGGAGGCCGUGGAGGACUGGGAGAUGUUUGGGAGCAAUCUGCUAUAUGAAAUUCCUUCAUUUCCCUUUACUUACUUUGCUGCGCUAACACUAGCUGUCACUGUAUUUCAAAUAUACAAAUAUUAUAAGGAACAACUUUAAUAUUGGCAAAUUGUCAAGAUUUUCUUUUAAGUGUUGUGUUGUUUUGUUUUUUCUGUAGGUUGAUAUUGUGGCAUCUUCUUGUGUAGAUGUUGUGAACAGCCGGUUCUCCUGUUGUGAGUGGUAACCCUCAUAGUGAUGCAGAAGUAUGGUUGUCAAGUGGUAGUACAUGUUGAAAAUGCUAAAUAAAACAUUAUUUGCCUAACUAUUGAGCUCAGUACAUGAAAGUUGAUAUAAAAUUCUGAAAUAGAGGACCAGCCUUUAUAUAUAAUAAAGCUUUGAUUUUAAUGACUGUUUGUACCACAUGCCUCAUGUUUAUAUUUCUUGUCUAGCAAGCAUACCCCAAGUAAAAAUGCUAAGCAA